GGUAGGUAGACAAGUAGGUAGGUCGGUUCGAUACGGUAAGCUCAGAACCUAGUUCUCUCUUUUGGUCCUCCCCAUCAGUGAGGCGUCAUCGGCUCUGCCAUGUAGAGUUUCUAUCCAGUUGGUCAUGAACCCCUGAGCAGCUUUGCUCUGGUUCCUGUCGAUUUUACCUCCUUCAUUCUCACUGUCUCAUCUGUUACAUGCCUUUCUGUUAUUUGCCUCCAGCAUGCCUAUCUCUGCUCUUCCUCCGGCUACAAUUCGUCUCCUCGGCAGCCCACUCGUCAUCACAACCCCUGUGUCCCUUGUCAAGGAGCUUAUAGAGAACGCCAUUGAUGCCGAAGCCACCUCGGUAGAAGUUCUGGUCUCGCCAAACACCGUUGACAGUGUCGAGGUUAGAGACAAUGGCCGAGGAAUCCACCCAAGUGAUUUCGACUCUCUUGGUCGUCGAGGGCAUACCAGCAAACUGCGCGCGUUCGAUGAGAUCAGGGCUAUCGGAGGUAGAAGCCUCGGGUUUCGUGGCGAGGCAUUGGCUAGUGCGAAUGUUUUAGCUAAGGUCAUGGUCACCACGAGGACCUCGGGCGAGCCUGUGGCGGCCAGGCUUCAUCUGUUAGACACAGGUGGCGUGGCGAAGCAGGAACCAGCGUCUGCGCCCAUCGGUACGACAGUGAGAGUUUCUGGCCUGUACUAUCAACUCCCCGUUCGACGACAAACUUCCAUCAAGGAAGCGUCGAAAACAAUCUCAAAGCUGAGGGACCUUCUUCAAUGCUAUGCGCUUGCGAGAGUUGAGAUCAAAUACUCGUUCAAGGUCCAAGGACGACCUAGACUCACAUGGUCGUAUACUCCAGGAAGACAAGCCACAGUGAGAGAGGCAGUGUUACGGGUUCUCGGCCACGACCUGGCCUCUCAAUGUAUUGAAAUCACUGGCCCGGAAGCUGCUGGAGUUCUGGAAGCCACUAUCACCGACGAUCCUCACCCCACCAAACGAGAGGAGGCCACGGAAUAUGUUAUUGAAGCAUUCCUACCAAAGCCUGAUGCUGACUCGGCGUCUAUUUCGAAGCGGGCCUUCGUCUUCGUCGACUCGAGGCCGGUUUCCCCUUCUAGGGGAACAGCGAAGAAGCUCGUUUCAAUGUUGCGAACUCACAUCAACCGAAGAUCUAUCUCGGCAGACCCCAGCAGGCAUCUCAAGGAUCCAUUUAUCAGGAUAAAUAUCCAGUGCAAUCCCGGUAGUUACGAUCCAAACAUCGAACCAGCUAAAGACAAUGUUCUCUUUGUGGAUGAACAACUCCUCCUUGAGAGGUUUGAAGCUCUCCUUCUUCGCGCCUAUCCCGGCCCUAUCGAUGGAACUCGAGAUGGACAUGACCCCGAGCGAUGCCUCCAGAAGAAGGCAGAAGAUGGCAUGAUCCCAUUGCGCAAAGUACGACCAAACUCUAGUGUAUCGGGAGCUAGUCCAGAUACAACAGUUUGCUCGAACAACGUUGUUCAUCUGCAUAAGUCGGUAGUCCCGGGGAAGGCCGCCGAACCUAGUCCCACAGUUGCGUUGACUGAGCAAAGUCAAAUAGACAUUCAACUGGCCAGAGAAUCCAACGGUCCCAGGAACCAGGAAUAUCGGAUUUCCGUUGCCCCUAAUCCUCCUCACCAAGAUCAGAUGACCCAAGCGGACCAGCGACACAACCUCGCCUCCCAGCCCGCACCGGAACAAGCGCUUCCACGGUCCGGCCGGCAGUGGAAGGUAGAUAUGUCUGCGGAUCCGGAUAUUUUCGUCAGCGAUGAGGAAGAUGUCUCGGAGUCCCUGUCGUUCGGACAUUCCAGAUUACGAAGCUCUUUAGAGACUCUUGCAGAAGAAGAGAGUCAGGGGAAUACGACCGAUCACCUAAACCCCUGGGUUAUUGCAAAAAUGAAUUCGUCUCGGGUUCAUAAUGUCAGCAAAUCAGCGGGACCCUCCCAGACAUCCCCUGUGGUAGAUAGCUCUUUGCGAGGAAGUCUCGAGGAUGACACCAUUCACGAACAUCCAAUUCUUCGACCCCCGGGAUGUCCACCAAGAGACUUGGAGUUACCCCCAAGGCGACAAAUAUCUCGCCUGAGGCCAAAUGCACCCACUCACCCCUUCAAGCCCGUCAACCCGUAUCGCAGCCCGAUUUCCAGCCCACCCAGGAUGACUGAGUCCUUCUUCGAUACCACCAUCACUCGGAGAAACAAAUAUAGCCAGAAGAACAGCGUCGCGCUUCGAAGCCCGCCUUCCUCGUUCGACUCCGGAGGCAGCAGUCGGAAGCCACCCCAUACGAAGUCGAGACUGGGAGCAGAUGGCUGCGACAUGGUCCAAAAGACACUUACUUUCGACAAAGAGGGAAGUAAAUGGUCCCCGACAAUGCACAUGCUCGCGAGUGACGGUGCUGUCAAUAGAAACAGGGAUCAUUCCUUUGCCAAAUGUUCAGCAAGGGCCAGAGCUCGCGAGGAGGCCACUGCCGACGAACACGACGCCUUCCACUACCCGGAUUGUCCCAUCCGCUUCAUCAGAACGGCGGAAGAAUGGCGGAAUACUGGCCGGUUUGGCACCCCUGAUCCCGAAGUUGGCGGGCCUCAACCGCCCAGAACGGGCAUUCUGAUGAGCGAUCCACGCAGUGUCCUGAGACGGCAAUCAUUUCCAGAGGACCCGCCAAGAAAGCUCCGCCGUAUGUUGUCCGACCUCUUGCCGCUUGAGGUACCGAACCAGGAAACCCCGACUCUGAGGCAGACUUUGAAGGUCGAUGUCCAGGGGUUGGCAAGACGUCUAAACACGGCGGCAGUUCACGAUGCAUAUGUGAGCAGAGGAAUACUGGAGGACGGGCUGGAUAUGAGCAUGGGAUCAGUAGAGGUGGCUGGGAUCGAGAGCAGACUGAGAAUACUGUUGUCCAGUCAGACGGCUGGCGGUCCUGGAACUGGGUCAGAUAUCGAAUUCAACCUCUUGAGUGCGUUCAAGGGGAAGUCAAGUCAGAAACAAUAGGGGGUGGUCUUUGCUGGAAAGGUGAUAAGCUAGCUAGCUACUAAACAUAACAAUAUUACCCAUGUUGCCCGAA